GCCCACAGGCUCGGUUCACCUGAAAAACCACUCCCGUCUGGCGCGCGGAAAUUGCAGCAGAGGCCAAAACCCCUCUCUCCUCCCCCUUCCCGCAACUUUUUCUUCUAUAUCGUCCAACACCCACCGCCAAACCACGGCCGUUUGAUUUCCACCGACCGAUUUCCAUUUUCUUGAAUCGUUUUUUCCUUGGCGUUUUUUGAGUAGUAGGGAGGUUUCGAGCAUGGGUUCCGGCGCGGCGGAGGCAGCCGAAUCGCACGCCGUCGCAGGCGGCGGAGUGACCGUACACAUCCGCUGCUUCAACGGCUCCAAGUUCUCCGUGCAGAUCAGCCUCGACUCCACCGUCGGAUCGCUCAAGUCGGUCGUUGCGCAGAACUGCGAUGCCGCCGCCGAACGGCAGCGGUUGAUCUACAAAGGGCGGGUUUUGAAGGACGAACAUACCCUAGAAAGCUACGGAUUGGAGGCAGAUCACACUGUCCACUUGGUUCGCGGUUUUGCACCAGCUACAUCAGCCGUUUCAAAGGUUGCAUCCGACCCUGGAGUUCCAAAUUCCACUCCAAGUGGUAUGACGUCUGUUGGUUCCGGUGAAUGUGGUAUGUGUGGGGGAUAUAGUUUGGGGGCUUCGUUAUCUUCUGGACUUGGUUAUGGAUUAAGUGACAACAGUGAACUAUUUGGAGCUGGACUUCCAAUAUUGCAACAAGUGCAGCAAAAGUUGACUCAGAACCCCAACCUGAUGAGAGAAAUAAUUGACAUGCCCUCUGUUCACAAUGUUGUGGAUAACCAGAAUAUAAUGCAGAAUGUAAUAAUGAAUGAUCCUCAGAUUGAUGAACUCAUUGAUCGGAAUCCAGAGCUUGCUCACAUACUGACUGAUCCCAGUACUAUCCGUCGGAUGUUGGAGGCUGCAAGGAACCCUGCACUCAUGCAUGAUAGGAUGCGCAAUACUGAUAGAGUAAUGAGCAAUAACGAAUCACCUCCUGAGGGAUUGAAUAUGCUGAGGCGGAUGUAUGAAAAUGCUCAAGAGCCAUUUCUGAAUGCAACAACUAGGGGUGGGGAUGCCAGAAAUGAUCUAGGCUCAAACCCAUUUAGCACUGAUUCUCAAACUACGUCCAAUUCCGCUCCAAAUGCUAAUCCACUUCCUAACCCUUGGGCCUCUGGAGGGGCUGGUGGUGCUCAAACGAACUCCAAUCCUAGGUUGAAUCCUGCUGGAGACGUUAGGCUGCCAGCACUUGGUGGCCUAGGUCACCUAGAUUAUCAACCCGUGUUUGGAUCCACUGAGGAUACUGCUUCAUUAAGUCAGUUCAUGCAAAACCCAGCUGUAUCACAGAUGCAAAGUGUCCUCUCCAACCCUCAGUACAUGACUCAGCAACUCUUGACUUUGCGACAAGCUCUUCAGUCUCGGCUUGGUCAUCAACCAUCAACCGGGGAAGGGAGUCAAACGGGUGGGGUAACAGACAAUGCCGGGUUGGAGACGUUGAUGAACAUGUUUGGUGGCCUUGGGACUGGAAACCCUUCUCGUGCAUUGAACAUGCCUCGUGAAGAACUGUAUGCUACCCAGCUUUUAAAUCUACAAGAAAUGGGUUUUAUGGAUCCCCAAGAGAAUAUACAGGCACUCAUAGCCACUACUGGAAAUGUUCAUGCUGCGGUAGAGCGUCUUCUGGGGAACCUUGGUCAGUAGCUUAUGAUCAUUGUUAUCAUAAUGCUGAGCUCGAUACCACAUAUGUUGUCUCUCAGAAACAAACUGAAGUUCGUGACACUCCAGAGGCUUAUCCAGAUGGUAGUUCGUUAAGUACAUAUUACUAUAGAGUUGUGAACUUGUUGAAGUUUGGACAUGAGUACUGCUGUGUACAUGUAGUGUAGAAAGACUCCCAUGAAUUGCACUUCAUGCAAAAUAAAAACUCCCAGUUUUUUUGGGGGUCCUCCACUGGGUUGACGAAAUUGGACAAAGUUGAACCCAA